AGCUCCUUGUAGGGAACCUCCGCUGCUCUCCCCCUCCCCUCCACCCUCCUCGCAUCCCGCAAUUGCCCCGUCACCAUGGCCUCUGCUCGCUCCCUGAUGCGCCUGGGGACCGGCCGGUCCCUGGCCCCCGCCGCCCGUGCCUUCUCCUCGACCGCACUGCAAGCCUCCAAGGCGUCGACGGCGCCCAUCUCGGAGCAUGUUCCCAACAUGCGCCAGGCCCAGCGUCCCCCCUCGGGCCCUCUGCGCGCUCCCGUCGUCAACCCCGUCGACAAGUACCAGGACAAGGCAGAGAGUCUGCACAAGUACGGGCAGUACAUCAUGUCCUGUCUUCCCAAGCACGUCCAGCAGUUCUCCGUCUGGAAGGACGAGCUCUGCAUCUACGUCCCUCCGUCGGGCCUGAUCCCCACCAUGACCUUCCUGAAAUACCACACCGCGGCCGAAUACACCCAGAUUUCCGACAUCACCGGAGUUGACUUCCCGACCCGCGACCAGCGCUUCGAGGUCGUCUACAACAUGCUGAGCGUGCGCUACAACUCGCGUAUCCGUGUCAAGACCUACGCCGACGAAGCUAGCCCCGUGCCCUCCGUGACGGGUCUGUUCGAGGGUGCGUUGUGGUACGAGCGUGAGGUUUACGAUAUGUACGGUGUGUUCUUCACGGGACACCCGGAUCUGCGCCGUAUCAUGACCGAUUACGGUUUCGAUGGCCACCCGUUGCGCAAGGACUUCCCCUUGACCGGAUACACGGAGUUGCGUUAUUGUGAGGAGAAGAAGCGGAUCGUCAUUGAGCCUCUUGAGCUUACGCAGGCGUUCCGGAACUUCGAGGGCGGUACUGCUGCCUGGGAGCCUGUUGGCCCGGGUAACGAUAAGACUCCUGAGUCGUUCAAACUGCCCACCCCCAAGCCGGAGCCGAAGGAAGAGGAAAAGAAAUAGAGGAGGUGUAAUCGUAUUUUCUUUCCUUGCUGGUUCUGUAUGUACAUACCGUCUAUGUUUGAAUUUGACGUUGACUGCAUUGUGUCUAAUGUUGGUAAAGCUGUGUUUAGGUUAGCACUCAGUCUAUGAUAUAUUUCGUAGAUUGUGUCAUGAAAUUUCUUUAUAUCU